CAUUGUACGUUGGUUCCGUUAGCUGAUAGAAGCUGCAAAUGUGGCUCACACAGGAAGCUAUCAGUCAUGGUUGCAGUAUAGGAACACCCCCGUGUGUGAAAUGUAGCCACUGUUCAGCCGAGGCUGAUGUCUUGACAUCAAGUAGCUCGUUGUGAAACAACAAAGGUGCCAGAUUUGGGUGGAUUGAAGGUUAGAAAUAAUGUCUGCUCAAAGAAAGAACAAAAGACUUGGGUCAAGGCGCCGAGUGGCAAACCAAAAUGAAAUACCUGAGGCCGAUGUGCUACAUGUAACGGAUAAUCCUAUAGCACAGCCCCACAUACCAGAAGAAAAUAGUGGAUUCUUAAAUUUAUUGUGUAAUCCUGACAAGUCACAGUCUGAACCCCAGUGUCCACCAGAACCUGCAAACAGAAGAAAACUGGGGUCUAGACGAAAAAAUAAAGAAAGGCAGCAUGUAAAGGACUCAGCAACUGAAUCAUACUAUGAGCCUGAAAAUGAAUCCGAAGAAAAGACCAGGGGGAGAGAAGCGGUUGAAACCGCACUGUCACUGAUGUCACAAUCUGAGAAACAGGAACAAUCAAGUCAUAGGAGUGUGCACGAUAUGUCUGCGACAGCUGACAGCUCUCUGUGUUCAGGCACUACACAUGGUUAUGAGUUUCAAAACUCGACUUUAAAGGGCAACAGUUUGAUGAAUGAGUCACAUGUGGAAUCAGUAGUUGUGGGGUUUUCUACUACAGCAGAGAUGGCCACUGAUGAAAACAGCCCCAGACAAAAUACUGAACUUGAAUACGGUACUGAAGCAGCAACAACAGAGGAGUUGCCUCCAGAUGAGGACCAAAAUGAACAUUUCUUUCUUCCCUUGGAACCCCAACCUGAAGACAAUUCUGUGAGCAUAGACUUGCAAACUAACACAGACUUCAACCCAGUUGGGAACAGAAGAAAACUAGGGUCUAGCCGUAGAAGUAAAGGAAGUCAGCCUGUUAAGGACUCUAUUGCUAAUUUAUACCACAAAGCUCAAGACGAAGUUGUAGAAAAUGUUAGGGCUAAUGAGGCAAUUGAAAUAGCAAAAAUGUCAUUACUAGUAGAGACAGAAGUCUUAACUGAUACUCAUCAAACAAAAACACCUGGCAGUCCAGUCAGGGAAACUGAACAUCUUGUUGGCAUCUCUGACUUAAAUAAUUCAUCUUUACAUCCAAGUCUUGCAUUCAAUCAGCAGCUGAUUGGCCAAUCAAAUGUUAGGGAGAAGCCAGAUGAAUUGCCGGAUGUGUACUGUGUAACAGAAAAAGACACCACAGAAAGAGACGAUGACACAGACUUGUUAUUGCAGUGGGGAAUUUUACAGGCAAACUACUUGGUGAGUGAGUCACAUAUGAAAUCAGAAAGUAUAGAGCCUUCUAUAACAGUAAUAACCACAGAAAGAAAGAGCCCUGGAGAACAUACAGAACCUGAAAGCGUUGGUGAGCAAGCAGUAGAGAUAUCACCAAAAAAGUUAACAAUGGAAGAAAAUGAUCAUUUUGAACUAGCUCAAGUGAGCAGAGGUCAGCACUCAGAGAAUACUGUAAACAAAGUGCAUGGACAAGAGGUUAAACCAACACAAAGGCAAGAACAUGACAGCUCUUUGCAUUCAGCAUCUACACCUAGUUAUUCUUCUGAGGUUCAGAUCCCCACUCCAACAAACUGUCCAGAAGCUGAUCUGGACUGUUUAAUUCCUAACAUUCAAACUGAUGUUAAAGUGGAGAUGUCUGUUGAAUCAUUGGAGGCCACACUGGAAGGAAUGGACAAAUCUGACACUCUCCAGAGUGAAGAUGAGGGAGUUAAUCAUUCACAAGAUGCUGUAAAUACAAUAUGUGAACAGGUGGUUAAAGCAGAACAAAUGCAAGAACUACAUGACAUUCAUUACUACUUUCAAAGUAUAAAGCAUGACACUGCAGAGAAUUCUGACAACUGCUCUGUAAACCUGAAAACCCAAGAUGAGUUAAGGCACGCAUACCAAUCGGAGUUGACUGUGAAGAAUACUGAUUCUGCUAGCAAGCAGGAAGUUUCAAACCCUAGCAAACAGGAUGAUCAUCAUACAACAGAAAACAAAAUUCAGGCUUUAGAUCAGAUAAAUGAAGAUUUUCAUGUAUAUGAUAAUGAGAAACCACACACCAGUGACAUAGAAGGACUAGAUACUGCAAUAAGCCAGGUAUAUGAGAUUAAAGGCCAAGGCGAGGACAAUAUAAUGCCCAGUGCUGGACAAACAAGUGAUCAGGAGAAGGAAAAUAAUGGGGAAAAUGAAGCCAAGCUGAAAUUGAAGACGCACACCAAUUUGAAUUGA